CUUCCACAUGGCCCCCAACCAGGUUGGAGCCGACAGCACCGGAGUACGAGUCUGAGGUUUGUCCAGUUUACGAAAGGAAAAUCGCAUUACCUGCGCAGUUAGCACUUUAAACCGGAUUAAAAUGGGUAAAAGUAAAACUACAAAGUUUAAGCGUCCACAGUUUAACGCUGUCGGACUGCCGGCCAAUGCUGUGAGAGAGGACGCUGUGGAGGAAGAGCACGAUGAAGACUGCUGUCCAGCUGCGGAGUUACUGGAAAAAUUGCAGAGUCCUGGUGCAGACGUCCGAGAGUUUGCAUGUGCCAGCAUUUCUCGUGUGGUUCAGCAGAGUCAGACCAUCCCAGGUUUCCUCCAGAGAGAUGCUGUGAGGCGUCUUGGACCCAUGCUGCUGGACAGCAGCUUGGCUGUCAGGGAGACUGCCACAGGAGCGCUCAGGAAUCUGAGUGCAUGCGGAGGUCAGGAGGUGUGUGAGGACAUGGUGAAGCACGACGUCAUGACUCCUCUGACAGCACUGCUUAGAGAGUGCUGUGCGGGGUUUGAUGGCGCUGCUGUAUCGAUGACUGACCAGAAAAAUCCAGUGGAGGAUGUAGCCAAUGAGGCUGUGAAUCUGCUGUGGAAUCUCUGUGAGAGCAGCAGUCAGGCGCUGUCUGUGUUUAACAAAGCUGGUCUCCUUGAUGUGGUGGUUCAGUGUAUGGAAAGACACCCACACAACACUGAACUGGCUAUCUCUGCUGCUCACUGUCUGCACACUGUGACUGAGGAUAACCCAGAGCUGCUCUGUAGUUUAAAUACUGCUGUGCUCGGAGUCCUGGAGAAUACACUGCUAUCAUCUCAGCCUGGCAUGGCACACACUCUCCUCAGGACAUUAGCUGCAGGGACUCUAUGGAACAUGAAGGGAAGUCUGCCAGCUGCCCGUCAGGCGCAGACCCUCAAUGCCGUGGUGGCCACUUUGUCUCAGUGCCUGGACCUGGACUCAGGAUCACUGAUACCUGAACUCAAACAGGCAGAAGAGGAGCGUAACAGAAACACACCAGCUUCUGCAGACGCCGUAGAGCUGGCAGCAGGAGAGCUGGCUGAGGAGGAUAUGGCCGAGGAGGAGGAAGGACCUAAACACAGGAGGAAUGGAAAAGCCGUGAGGGCUGAUAACGACUUCUCUGACCUCUUACCUAGGGGCAAGGAGGAGCUGAGGGAGGCAACGGCCUUGCUGACAGCCCAGCAAACGUCCUUGGAGAUCAUUGUCAACAUGUGCUGCUCUGAUGACCCUUCAGAUGAUGAGUGGGAGGAGGAGUCGAGCAGCGAUGAAAGUGACAUGGGCCCUGAUGGCCUCUGUGAUGGAGUAUCAAAUCUAAUGUCUCCACUGUGUUUAUCUGCUGAAGUCCAUGCAGCCUUAAUCAACCACAACAUCCCUGAAAAGGUCCUCAAAAAGACUGGCUCACCAAGAAAAGAGGCCAUGGAUGUGUGCCGAAGGAACCCCUCCUGGAGAAGCCUGAUAAAAAAGAUGCAGCGUGUUCAGUCCCGGGCACUGACCUGCCUUCACAGCAUCCUCUCCACCAUGGAUGCAGAGUCGCUGGGAGGAGCAGAAGCCCUGCAGGAGGCAGCACAGCACCUGUCCUUGCUAGUUUUUGGAGCAGAAGAGAUCCCUAAAGAUGAGGAGUUCCUAGAGGCUGUCAUCAGCGCCAUGCGAUCUCUUUUACAGAUGAUUGCCUCCAAAAAUAUCCCCCAGUGUAUGACCCCCCAGCAGCUAAUGAGUCUGAGCGAAGCAGCCACUCACUGUGAAGUUGUCAGUGUGAGGGUUAAUGCCGUCGCCAUUCUGGGCAUCACUGGCAGCACAUUAGCCAAAGAGAAGGGAACUGCUGAAACACUUCAGAUGAUCGGGAAGGCCUUGCUUCAAGUUGCCACGAGGGAUGCUGACCUGGUUGUGAAUGGCGAAGCCCUCGAUGCCCUGUUUGAUGUGUUUGCAGAUGGAGACGAGGCAGAGAAAGCUGCUAAAAACAUCCAGUUACUACCUUCACUAAAGGCACUUCAACCUGUCUUCAAGGCAAAGAUUCGUAAAGAAGGACGAGGAAAGUACAGCCCUCAGCAGCUGUGUGUGUUAGACAACAUCAAAAUCAACCUUAGAAGAUUUAUUGGUUAUCUGGAGAAGGUGGUGAAAAAAUAAAGACUCCAGGUUCUAGUGGUCGCUGAACCUGUAUGACUUUGGACAGAUAUGAGACGGAAUAUGGGUUUGAGACCAUCAAUAUUUAUUUACAUGGAUGGUUUACCAUUUGUUUUUGAUUUUGUUUCAGUGUUGAUAUUAUAAAAAUGUACUGUUUUACAAGGAGAUGUGAAGUUUUGUGUUGGGAAGAUGACAUGGUGACAUGCAAUUUUAGUUAUGAGCUACUGCAAGCUGCAGUAAACAUUUUUUUUGUUUGUUUUUUUGCUUCCUUGGUUGAUGUGCAUCAAAAUGGUGAGAAUUGGAGUUUGUAUUUUGAUAAAUUUUGAAUUGAUCAUUUGCAGAGCUGAGGCCAGGUAUUGACAUAUUUACUUUUCUUACAUGUUUUAACAGGCCUGUCAGGCUUGUCAGUCUGCUGCAACAACAAGAAAUCAGAGCUAUUUUAAAUUACAACCCCUCAUUGGAGCAAAUUUCUAUAUAUGUUCUAUAAAAAAAAUUUUAUGGAUAUUGUGUUGCAGAUGGUUUGGCUGGAAGAAGAUUAAAUAGGGAAAGUACAUUGUUUUAAAAGCCUACUUAUUUGAAAGGGGUUUAUCGCUUUCAAGGUUGUUAGAAUAAAAUCAGACAAGACAGACAUUUAGAAAUACACACACAUUCUCUGCCUCUGCCCCUGGGCUCUCGUCACCGCCCAUGAUAGAGCACCAAGUGAAAACUGUGGGGCACCACUGCUGUGAAUGCAGUGAGAAUUUAAGGAGUGGUUCUUGCUCUUUCAUAGUAGCCUCUGCAGCCAACUUCCAAAUUGCAGUUAAAUUGAUGUUAGCAUUAACAUUUCUAAUAAUUCAUAGGAAUCAAAAACAUCUGCUCUGACUUAAAGUCCUGCCACUUGUGCUGUCUAUUUUGCAAAUUAAAACAAAAUUUCAAAUAAAUUGAGUAACUUACACUGUUUUCAGACAGUGUAAUUGUUAUUUCUUUAGAACUGACUCUGGAUUCUCACAGCUUUAAAGGCAAGUAUCUGUUUUGUUGCAUAUCAUUGCCAAAAAUGAUUUGAUGUAGAGUGAUUACAUCAGACUUGAAUGAUUUCCUUUUU